AUGGACAGGCUCAAGCAAGCAAACAUCCUCAUGGAAAGUAGAAUUGCACCACUUGAAGACUCCAAGCGACAGCGCAACCUCAGGAUUCUCUCGCCAUCUAAGGCCAAAUCAGUCAUGCUGGAGAACUACUUUUGGAUUCCCAAAUCAGCUAGAGCCCUGAACGGGGUCCCAAGGGACUUGCUGCUGUGCAAUUACUACAGAGUAAGCAGCUUGUACAGGCAGCUGUCCGCGAAUCACCAAAUUAGCCACUUUGAAGGUGCUGACCUCUAUAACGACCUGACUAGGUCCACCAUGGUCUGGCGACAAUUUCUCUGCCCUGUCAUGCAGCGCUUGGAGCGUGGAGCGGAGUACCGUUGGGGCCCCGGCCGCAAACUGUCAGUGCUCCACGCCGGGAAGAGAAUCCAUCUACUGCAUCAGUUAGACACAGGGAUGUUCUUCAAAACACUGGGACUGCCUUUGCCAGAGACUGUUCUGAACACUACUCUGGGCACAAGUCCCCAAGCCCAGGUGUGGGAUGUGAGCAAUAUAAGAACCUUUCACCCGAAACCCAGACCAGCAGCAGUCGAAACAAACCCAGCUGGCACCUGA